AUGGUGGUAAUGAAAUUAGUCGCUGAUGACGGAUCCGUAGGAUCCAUAAAAGGAGAUUUGAAAACGGCAAUCGCUUGCGACAACGCCAGUCUCUCCUUAAGGAAAAAAUCUAAAGAAGUUUCGGGGGUUUUCCUCGCCGACCUGGAUGCUAGAGUCGACGACAAGUCCAGACCCGAACCAGAGGGGGACCUGGAAAAGUUUAGGGUCGGGGACACGGGGGAGAAGUUCACAUUCGGCCAAUGGCGAUUUGUUUGCUUGGACGCCAGCCGACAUGCUGGGAAUAGACCCCCAACUCAUGUCACAUCACUUGGCCGUCAAACCAGAGGCCCGACGGUGGCUCAAAGGAAAAGGAAGAUGUCACACGAGAGAGCAGAGGAGGUGGCCAUGCAGUCGGCCAGCCUCCUCGAGGCGGGGUUUAUCCGAGAGCUAGACUACUCGACCUGGCUAUCGAAUGUGGUUCUGGUAAAAAAGCACAAUGGGAGAUGGAGGAUGUGUGUGGAUUAUUUCGAUCUCAACAAAGCAUGCCCCAAGGACUGCUACCCCUUCCCCAAUAUUGAUGCACUCGUUGACGCGGCGGCGGGAUACCGGUAUCUGAGCUUUAUGGAUGCUUAUUCCGGCUACAAUCAAAUAUCAAUGCACCGGCCUGACGAAGAGAAAUAG